AUGAGGAUGCUGUUCCGUUGCCUGGUGGGGUGGUCGGAGCCGGCGGCGCCGGCCGAGAGCGGAGACGAGCAGCAGCAGCAGCAGGCGAGGAGGCUGGGGAAGAAGAAGGCGGUGCGGCGGAUGCGGAGCGCGACGGCGCGGCUGCGGUCGCUGUCGCUGGGCGAGCUGUCGCGGACGCUGGCCUCGUCGGGCCUGCACGCCUUCACGCAGGCGGAGCUCCGGGCCGCCACGCGGGGCGUCUCCGGCAGCCAGCUCAUCGGGGAGGGCGGGUUCGGCCCUGUCUACCGGGGCUUCCUCGACGAGCGGCUCCGGCCCGGGGAGCUGGAGCCGCAGCACGUCGCCGUCAAGUUCCUCGACGCCGACGGGCAGCAGGGCCACCGCGAGUGGCUGGCCGAGGUGGUGUACCUGGGGAUGCUGAAGCACCCGCAUCUGGUGAAGCUCAUCGGGUACGGCUGCGAGGACGAGCAGAGGAUGCUGGUGUACGAGUACAUGGACAGAGGCAGCCUCGAGCACCACCUCUUCAAGAAUCUGCUGUCGACCCUGCCGUGGCGCACGCGGCUGAAGAUCGCGGUGGGCGCCGCCAAGGGCCUGGCGUUCCUGCACGAGGCCGACACGCCCGUCAUCUACCGCGACUUCAAAGCCUCCAACGUCCUGCUCGACUCCGAUUACACGGCAAAGCUCUCAGACUUUGGCCUGGCCAAGGAAGGCCCACAGGGCGACGACACCCACGUCACCACCCGUGUCAUGGGGACACACGGCUACGCCGCGCCGGAGUACAUUCUCACCGGGCACCUGACGUCGAAGAGCGACGUGUACAGCUUCGGAGUGGUGCUCCUGGAGCUGCUGUCGGGGAGGCGCAGCGUGGACAGGCGGCGGCGCGGGCGGGAGCAGCACCUGGUGGACUGGGCGCGCCCGCACCUGCGCCACCCGGAGCGGCUGCACCGGGUCAUGGACCCCAGCCUCGACGGCCAGUACUCCGCCAGGGCCGCGCGCGAGGCCGCCACGGUCGCCUACCGCUGCCUGCACAGCGUGCCCAAGUCCCGCCCCACCAUGCGCGCCGCCGUCGACGCGCUCGAGCCGCUGCUCGCCGUGUGCGGCGACGUCCCCGCGGGGCCCUUCGUGUACACGGUCCCGCCCGAGCCCGAUGGCAGCGACGAGGCGGCGGCGACGGCGACGGCGGCCGUUGCCAGGAAGAAGUGCCUCGCGUCGGCCGCGCAUGCCAAGGGCGAGCUGCGGACGACCGGCUCACGGCACGUGAGCUCCGUGGCCGGGCAAAGGAGCUCCUCCUCGCCUGAGCAGAUCACGGACAGGGGAGCCUAG